ACCAACCCUUGAGACUUUCUUAUACUUGAUUGGGUGGAUUUAAUCUACAUUUUUCUUUCUCCAUCCUCGCCACCUAUUCUCAGUUCUCGUCUCUUUCAACUCAAAAAUGGAGGCCACCAAGCUAUUGGGAUCCCAAUUGUUUCCUGCCAUGUCCGCCAUUUCAUCGUCAAAAUCUCCCAAGUUUGCCCUUCCAAUGUGGAAAAAUUGCAACUUUCAGGUUUCCAUUUCAGGGUUUCCAAACAAUGGCUCCCAAUUCCAAUCAAUUCAGCCCUCUGCAUCCCUCGGAAUGAAGAAUCCGACUAGAAUAGACGAAAGUGAGAUCUAUACUCUUGACGGAAUAAGAAGUUCUCUAAUUCGACAAGAGGAUAGCAUUAUAUUUAGCCUUGUGGAAAGAGCUCAAUAUUGUUACAAUGAGGAUACAUACGACCCCAAAGCUUUCUUCAUGGAUGGUUUCCAGGGCUCAUUGGUCGAGUUCAUGGUCCAAGAAACCGAAAAGAUUCAUGCCAAGGUUGGGAGAUACAAGAACCCUGACGAGCAUCCCUUUUUCCCUAACGACUUGCCUGAACCUAUGUUGCCACCAUUGCAGUACCCACAGGUGUUGCAUCCUAGUGCAGAUUCAAUCAAUAUCAAUCGCAAAAUAUGGGAUAUGUAUUUUAAAGAUCUUCUUCCUAGACUCGUCAAGAAAGGAAACGAUGGUAAUUGUGGAUCAACUGCAACCUGCGACACCAUUUGCUUGCAGGCCCUCUCUAAACGGAUCCACUACGGUAAAUUUGUAGCAGAAGCAAAGUUUCGAGCUUCACCAGAUGAUUACGAAGCUGCCAUUAAAACACAAGAUCGCGGGAAACUGAUGGAUUUGUUGACAUAUCCGAUUGUGGAGGAGGCGAUUAAGAAAAGGGUAGAAACAAAAGCGAAGACUUACGGGCAAGUGGUUGACGUGAAAGAUUCACCGGAGCCGGUGUACAAAAUAAACCCAAGCUUAGUUGCAGAUCUUUAUGGGGAUUGGAUUAUGCCCUUGACUAAACAAGUUCAGGUCGAGUAUUUGUUGAGAAGACUUGAUUGAACCAUGGAAUUUAAGGGAUCAAAGUUAUGGAUAUACGAUGGUGAGAUAAUAAUAAAGAGAUAGUAAUUUAGUAAACGUCAUUGUGUAGAAAACUAUACAAAUGUUUAAACUGAAGCAUGUGUUGGAUACCGGUUCUAAAGUUUGUAAAUCAUUUAUGUUGGUUAGGUCGAUUAAGAAUGGCAAUUUACGAUUUCAUUAAUGUGAUUCUUAUUGUUAUGAAAUGGUUGGUUUUCUUUGUUUA